AUGGUGCUGUCACGGUUGUCGCUGAGGCGACUUGCGCCCGUUUCUGUGUCCGCAGCGCACGCUGCGAGGGCAAGGGCAGCUGCGCAUCAAGGUGUGGUGAGGAUAGCAGGUGCACAAUCCACGGUCCGCUUCGCCUCCACUGGGGACAAGAAGCAAGGCGACGACGAGGACGCCGCUCAGCACGCUGCGAAGGCAGCCAAGGAUAAGAAGGAAGAGAGCCAGAAGCCCCAGGAAGAGCAGCAGCAGCAGCAGCAGCAGCAGGCGUCGUCAUUGGCGUCCGGCGCUGGCAGCGAGGCGAAGGAGCAGAAGGAGGAGCUGCGUGGGCCCAUUCGCAAGCUGGUCGACCUGUUCCACCACCUCAAGUCACAGGUGACCGAGGAUAACGUCCACUACGACCGCUCCAAGCCGUACCAAGCUCCUGUAGACCGCAGGCGCUCGUCCAUCGAACGCCCUGCCAAGGCUAUCGAAGAGAACAAGAGUCACGCUGGGAAUCGCAGUGGAAGAACUUCAAGGACACAAACCCCGUUGUGA